GCUGGCUGCGCUUUUUCCUCAUGGCUUCUGCGGUGUGUGUGGUGCGUGCGUAGUAUGCGGAUGAUGAUCAGCAGCAGCCUUGUGUCGGAAGCCGGCGUGGUGUGUACGUGAUUAUUACGUUACUAAUGCGGUGAUCAGGGUGCCUUGGCUUCGCCGUGGUAGUUCUUUACGUGGUUGUGCUGAAGUUGGCGUCGUCCGAGCUCUUCGUAUUCGCCUGCGGCGUCAUCAAGGCCUUAGGGCAUUCUACUGCUGCAAGCUGAAACCCACAAGGUCUGUGACACAAGGUGGAUCAUCAUGAAGGUAGUUGCGUACCUCCUGGUGCUUGGACUGCUAGCGGGGGCAACUGCAGCUCGUGUUGCUGAGGAGGACAACGAGUUUGCCGAGUUUGAGGAGUUCGAUGACGAAGAGGCACCGCCUGCAUCUCAGCGACCCGAUGCACCUCCACCAGCGGCUGCAGACGAUGAGGAAGAAGCUCGAGUUGAGGAAGAAGAGGAGUUUGACCACUUCCAGGAUGAGGAGGAAUUUGAGGGCCUCGACCAGGAGCGCCAGCCCAGCCGGCCGCAGGGCGACAAGCCACACUUGACCAUUGCCAAGGUACCACUGCACUUGCGGAGCAACUGGGAGAGCUUCUACCUGGAGCUGCUGAUGCUGGCCGGCCUGGCUGUUUACUUUGGCAACUUCGUGGCUGGCCGCAACAAGAACCACCGGCUAGCUAUGGCCUGGUUCCAAAGCCACCGGCAGCUGCUGCUCGACAACUUUGCCCUCGUUGGGGAUGAUGGGCGCAAGGAGCUGGCCCCAGACGAAGCUGAGGCGGGCGGCCUCGUCAAGGACUCUGAGAGUGUCUACACCCUCUGGUGCAGCGGCCGGCUCUGUGUCGAGGGGAUGCUGGUGGAGCUGCGUCUGCUCAAGCGGCAAGACCUGCUCAGUUUGAUCGCGCAGAUGGUGCGACCAUCAGCUGACCAACUGGUGAUCCGGGUGACAAUGAGUCCUCUGUCCAUGGAUGGCUUCGUCAUGUGCUUGGCCACAAAGAAGACAGCUGCCCGACUGCACAAAACCAUGGCCGACCUGAGUACUUACUGCCCCGAGAAGAAACGCCCCGACAAGUAUGGCCUACCAGCAAACUUCACCGUCCUCUCGGAGAUGGGCGAGGUGGCAAACGCCAUGGUGGACCAAAAGGUGCUGUCGGUGAUCAAACGCUAUGAGGAGUGCAUCGACUACAUCCACAUGUCAGACCAAUACUCGGGUCCCCGGCUGCAGGAGGACACCCAGCCAACCAAGCUGCCGGAGGUCAAGAAAGUGCUCCUAUUUGGUUUCAAUGUACCUGGUAUGGGUCGAGUGUCAGCUGAAACCAUGGAGGAAAUGAAGCCACUCCUGCAGCUAGUCUUCUACUGCAUCGACAAAGUGCGCCGCUUCAAGCUCAGCAAAGAGGCCAAGCAGAAGAGUGACCGCAACCGUCUCAAGGUGGAGGAGGAGUUCCUGAAAACGACGCACGCCCAGCGGCAGGAGGCAGCCCAGCUCAAGCGCGAGGAGCGUCGCCGGGUUGAGAAGGAGCGCAUCAUGAAUGAGGAGGACCCAGACAAGCAGCGCAAGUGGGAGGAGCGGGAGCACCGACGAGAGCUCAAGCGUCGUACACCCAAGAUGAAACAGCUCAAGGUGAAGACGCUCUGAACUGCUGUGUGUGCCUGUGUUGGUUGUGUGUUUGUGUGUGCUUCCAAAGGCUGCUGCAUCAGGCCAAGGAAUGCCUGAGGCAGCGAAGCAUCUCUUGCCACUGUUGUUGUGAACAGGCUGGCAUGAUCCUUCAAGUGGUCAAACAGAAGAGUGGACAACACACGGGAUGGUGCAGUGCAAGGAAGGCUGUGUUCUGGCAAAUUAAUAUAUGCGAACACGUGCGGCGAGCGGCGCUUUGAAAGAACCUCAAAGCAGCAAUGUACAUGAAAUACUUAUGGCAAUCAUGCCAGCCUUAAAGAUGCCAAAACGACAUGACCCCCUCCCUUCCCCAACACUGGCACAAAAAGCCUUGGCACAAAUCAUAGCAGUGAAUGCACGGACAUUACAGGCAUGCUCCUUUCAGUUGGUUUUGCUGUACAAUUUUUGCUGUCGUUCUAAUGUUUCUUCAAGUAGCACAACAAUGUGAUUCAAUGAACAUACAACACAAUUGUAGCACAGUUUAUGUUGAUCUCACUUUGUCACACUGAUACAGCACAGGUGUUGAUAUUGUAUUGAUAAUUGCUAGAGAUGUGAUGUAGUCAUUGAACGGACUGCAGUGUACCCAUGCAACUGGCAUAGACAUGCACUUACCAUUGUUUGGCCAACCUUAGCCACUUGUUUUCUUUUUUCAUACCUGCUCCAUGUCACCAUAAGUGUCUGUAUCCUUUCUGCAGUGAGUGACACAGAGAUUUGCUGUAGCAUCUGUGAAAAGCAGAUGUUUAGCUCCUGUGACAUGGUCACCUGGUAAAGGUUUUACCUGUGCCUGUCUCUUUGAUCAUAGUGUAUUACAAGCAGUUGACAAAACUAGAACUUCCGAAUGUCUACAGGGAUGGACGCAACACACCAUGUGUUGUGUUGAUGUGCGAUGCCUUGCUUCUUAGUGUUCCGUAGAUAGGUAUGUCUUCCAGAUACCAUUGUCAAAUCACUAAUGGGGUAAAUAAAUUGCCUGGUCUUCA